UUCUACGAAAUAUGCGUGCCACGAUCUAGCUAUUCGUUUGAUACGAGGCACCAUACACCAGUCUCUUUAGCGGAUUGCAGAAAAUAAACUUUUUCUUUGUGUGACAGUGCUUUAGGAAAAAAAUGUCUUAUCGAUCACGAUCAAGUGUUUCAAGCUCUGGCUCUGAAAAAAGUAACGAAGAAGAUCAUGAUGUAAAUUCUGAACCUGACAAAAAAUCUGAAGAUGAUGUCGAUUCACAGAAAGCAAUAAGCGAAGAAUCUGAGGAAAAUUACUCUGAUGAGGAAGACGAUGAAGAACAAUAUAGAAUAAAAAAGAAACCUAAAAAGCUUGUGAAUGACUUUAUUAUCCAAGAAGCUGAAGUUGAUGAAGAUGUUGAAGAAGAUGAAGAUUGGGAAGAGGGAGCUCAGGAAAUUGGAAUUGUUGAAAAUGAAAUUGAUGAAAUUGGUCCAACUGCAAGGGAAAUUGAAGGACACAGAAGAGUUUCUGAUAUAUGGAAUUCACAAAAGGAAGAGGAAAUUGAAGCUUAUCUCCGUAACAAAUAUGCGAAUGCAGCAACUGCAUCCCAUCAUUUUGGUGAAGGAGGAGAAGAGAUGAGUGAUGAAAUAACACAAAAAACUUUAUUGCCAGAUGUUAAGGAUCCAAAUCUUUGGUUGGUUAAAUGUCGUAUCGGUGAGGAAAAUGCCACACUCCUGUUGUUGAUCCGAAAAUUUCUUACAUAUCAAUUUACUGAUAACCCACUAGUUAUUAAAUGUGCCAUUGUUCCUAAUGGUGUGAAAGGUUUUGUUUAUAUAGAAGCAUAUAAACAGGUGCAUGUAAAAGCUGCUAUAGAAAAUAUCAAUAGCCUGAAACAAGGCAUUUGGAGGCAGCAAAUGGUUCCUAUUAGCGAAAUGGUUGAUGUUCUCAGAGUAAGAAAUCGAAUAAAUUUGAAGUCAGGUCAAUGGGUGAGAAUCAAGCGAGGCAUGUACAAGGAUGACAUUGCACAAGUUGAUUAUGUUGAUGUUGGCCAAAAUAAAGUACAUUUGAAAUUGCUUCCAAGAAUUGAUUAUGCAAGACUAAGAGGUGCAUUAAAGCCAGUAAUAGAUGAUGAAGCUCCCAAGCGGAAAAAGAAGAAUUCAAAACCACCAGCAAAACAUUUUGAUGCAGAAGCUGUUCGUGCCAUAGGAGGAGAAGUAACAAGUAAUGGAGAUUACUUGGUUUUUGAAGGAAAUCACUACAGUCAUAAAGGCUUUUUGUACAAAAACUUUAAUAUUAGUGGUAUUAUAUCUGAUGGUGUAAAACCAACACUAUCAGAGAUUGAAAGCUUUGAAGAAAAUCCAGAGAGCAUAGAUAUCGAAUUAAACGAUAUUUCAGUUAACGAAGGCAUCAGUAUUAAAGAUUCUACAGUUUUUCAUAAAUUCAGUCCUGGAGAUAAAGUAGAGGUUCGUGAAGGAGAACUAAUGCACCUUCAAGGAAAAAUAAUAUCUAUUGAUGGCAAUAAUAUUAUGGUCCAGCCAAGUCAUAAGGAUCUGACUGAUCCUAUUGAAUUUUUACCUCAUGAAUUAAAAAAAUACUUCACCAUAGGUGAUCAUGUCAAGGUACUUGAGGGUAAAUACGAAGGAGACACAGGUUUAAUUGUUCGUAUUGAAGAAACACGCGUCGUGCUUUUCUCGGAUUUAUCAAUGCACGAACUAGAAGUAUUAGCUAGUAAUAUACAAUUGUGCCCAGACGUUGCCACAGGUGUUGAUAGCCUUGGUAAAUUUCAAUGGGGUGAUAUGGUGCAACUUGAAGUGCAAAUUGUAGGCGUUAUCGUUCGACUUGAACGUGAAAAUUUCCAAGUUCUUUCCAUGCAUGGAAAAAUAGUCGAUGCUAAGCCUGGAAGUUUACUUAAGUAUCGUGAAAAUAAAAAUACAACUGCCCUGGAUAUGCAUCAGAAUCAGAUUAAAAGAAGAGAUAUUGUCAAAGUGGUUGAUGGGCCACAUUCUGGUAGAGAAGGAGAAAUACGGCAUUUGUACAGAAAUUUUGCCUUUUUACAUUCAAAAAUUUACAUCGAUACGGGCGGUAUCUUUGUUUGCAAAACAAGACAUUUACAAUUAGUAGGUGGAGAAAAAUUAGGCACCUUGAUGGACGUUGUUAGCCCAGUGUAUGCAUCUCCUGUUCGAUCAGACAAGAGUUCUAGUCACAAAAACCGAGGCGUUUUUGGUCCAAUUCGCGACAAGAAACUUAUUGGAUUAACAAUCAGGAUCACAGGUGGUCCUUAUAAAGGAAGCAUUGGUUUUGUAAAAGAUGCCACUGAAAGUACUGUUAGAGUCGAGCUUCACUCCCCCUGUCAAACAAUUUCGGUCGACCGCUCCCAUAUAUUGAGUGUUCCACAAGCAAAUGCAGAAUCUACUGUUUCGACACUUUAUACUCCAACAUACAGCGUAAGCGGCCGAACACCAAUGUAUGGAUCGAAAGAAGGAUCUAAGACACCCAUGCAUGGCUCCCAAACUCCUGUACAUGGUUCCCAAACUCCCAUGCAAGGUUCUCAAACGCCCCUGUACGAUGUUGGUUCUCGAACACCAGGGUAUUACGGUUCAAUGACACCGUCGCAAGACGGUUCGCGAACUCCUGGUAUUAGUGGAGCUUGGGAUCCCACUGUAUCUAAUACACCAGCAAGAUGUAGCGAGUACGAUGAGCCGGGCGAGGAAGAUGAAAUGGCAACUUAUUCACCCGUAUAUCAAGACUCACAAUCGUCAAAUCCAUCGUACGACACCGAGAAAAAAUUUCCAGCUCAUCCAUCCAGUCCGAGCUCUAGUCCGGCUUUGAGUCCACCUUCUAGCCCAGCCCCUCACUGUGCUAUCAUUACUCCACCACCGUCUGACAAUGGAAUAGAGAGCCCUCCACUCGAAUAUACACCUUCGUCGCCAACUGAAUCUGAUAGAUCUAUGAUCUCGGAAGAGAUAAAGCCGUCCUACUACGGUUCGCCAGCAUCCCCGGAUAAUGAAUCGUAGGCUUCUGAUGUUAAGUUAGAUUAUAGUCACGUUAUAAAAGAAAUUUUAUUAUGUUAUGAUAGAAGCACUUCUAUGUGUAUUACUUAAUUUUAGUUUUAUUUUGAGUUAUUGUAAGCCAAUUUGCUUUUGGAAAGUUGCUGAAACUAUUGCAAAACAAUUGCAAUCCAUAAAAAUUAUUUUUUCAGUUGUAAUAUCUAUGUAAUUUUUAUAAUCAUAAAAUAAGUACAAUAGUGAUGAAAAGUAACAAGUUUAUUCUUUAUUUAUAGUUAUAAAAAGUUUCGUUGU